UAUUGUGAUCACGGUUGGGCCCGCGGAUAGUCUGGCUUAAACCAUUACGCACUCGGCGUGCCUCAGUCAAGCUCGAGACAUCGUCGUGAAAGGAACGUUUCGAAUUUUGAAAUCAACCGGUCUUCAAACGAACCCACCAUUUUACCACCACCCAUCACCGGCACCACCCUCGCCCGCAUUAUAAUAUAGUGUUUGUCUCGUGCAGUGCGUGUUCUGUUUAAUCUCAUAAAACAAAAAAAGAUAUUGAAAAAAAAAAUCUUCAACCGCAAAAGGAACCACCGGCGGAGCACCAGAGAAAGGCGGACUUAGAUUUUGCCCAUUUUCUAUAUAUACAGAUAUAUAUAUUCCAUACAUCUUAGAAUGGCCGAAGUGGGGACAAAGAAAUCCAUGAAUGUCGUAAGUAAACAGAAUAACGAAGUGUGCAGUGUUCUUUCUAACAACAGUUUGAUUGAUUUGGAUAACAUAAGCACGAGUAACAAUCAGCUAAUUUCACUUUGCGACGACGAUGAAGAUGAGGAUGAAUUGAUUUUAUCAAAUAAUACAAAAAAUGAACUCAAUACUGAUGACAAAAGUCUUCAGGAAUUGAUAGAAAAUGAAUUAGCCCUUAGGAUUUGUUCUGGAAAUAAUGAUGAGGAAGAAAUUGAAGAUGAAGAUGAUGAGGAUUCUAUUAAAGUACAACCGGAAAUUAAAAAAAUUGUCCUUGAACCCAGACCAAAUCCACUUGAUGUUAAUGAAGAAUUUCUCAUAGCUGAAAUAGAUCAUUAUUCAUUAAUUGAAGAGCCCUAUGGUUAUCAAAAUGGUCACACAGAAUCAAAUCCAAAGAAUCAAUUCAAUUCAGAUGAGAUGCUUGAAGAUAAUGCCGAUGUUGAAACAGUAAAAUUUACAAAUGACGAAAUGAUUUUAGAAUCAGAAUCAGAUGUUAGAUUCAGUGAAAAAGAAAUUGUUUCUGAUGAUGUUGAUGAAUCGUUUAAAGUAACUCAGACUGCUGAUGAAUUAUUGAAUGGAUCUGCGGAAAUGAAUCAUAUUCAUAAAAAUUUAAACGAUAAAUACGAAAAUGAGGAAGUGAUAGUUGAAGAGAAAUCAAAUAUGGAAAAUGUUGAGAUUGUCCAAGAAGACAAUUUCUCAGAUCUUCCAGAAGCUGAUAGGAAAAUAGUUGAAAAUUCAAAUACGUGGUCAAAUGUAAAUACAGGUAAUUCGAUUCAGUAUGAUUUUUCAGAUGAUUUCAAUGAAAUUUUAAAUGAAAAUUCAACAAAUGAUAGUCCCUCCCACAAACCAGAAGAAGACACUUAUCUUCCGAAUUAUGAUUUGGGAAAUGAGAUAUCGUCAAAAGAGGCAUCGGGAAUUGAUGAAAAAGACUGUUCUCCAAAUAAAGACACUUGUGAAUUGUUUUCAGUAGACAAGUCAGUGAUGGAGAAUAAAGUUGAAAAAAUUAUCGAUAACAAUGAGUGCCUUUCUGAUUUUAUUAAGACUGAUAUCAAUGUAUCGUGUCAAAUCGAUCAAGAAUUAAUAAAAGAUGAAUCUCAAGACUGUGCUUCUAAAUGCGAUACAAUUCAAAAUGGAAUGAUUAAUGGUGGAAAUUUUAAAUCUGAUUUUGAUUCAUGGACAACGGUUGAAGCUGCCACAAUGGAUGAAAAUGGCCUAGAAAAUAAUAUUUGCAAAAACAAUGAAAAUUUGAUGGUGAAUUUUGAGAAAGAAGAAAAAACAAAUUACAACGAGAAAACAGAUACUAAAGUAUCAGUUAUAAUUGAUGCCGGAAGCAGUGAUGAUUCUAGUUCUGAUGACAGUGAAAACCGUGAAGAAGUGUUAACUACCAGUACGGUAGUUACCUCAACUUCAACUACAAAAACCGCGACGAAGACGAAGAAGAAGAAAAUCGAAGGUAUUGCUGGUAGCGAUGCAUCGCCAAAUCACACCCCUCGAACCAAGAAAACUAAAAAAAGCAAAAAGAGUGAGCUUGAAAAGGAAAAUAUCUCCGUGAACGGUAACGUAGAAGAUUCAAGCAUGCAUACGAGUUCCCGUCAAGUUUCCUCGGAGACAAAUGAAAUCUCCGACGAGAACGAUCUUUCCAACGUCAACGUUAAAUCUCUGACACAAAAUUACGUGUCAGAAGCAAAUCGUAGCGAACUGGAGAAAUCCCAUAAAGAAGUAAUUGCCACUGGAAUCUCUAUUAAGCAAUUGUGUCGCAGCUUUGGCGACAUCUCAAACAUGAGCGAUGGAGACCAAGUGCCACUCGGCAAUUCUGAACACGCCAAGACUCAGGAGAAAGCAAAAUCUAUGAGUGACUUGAGACUGUGGGAGCAGGAGCGUUCGCAGCUCAUCAAUCGCAAACCGAUAUUCACUGGUGUGUCUGUCAAGGCCCUCAGGGCUUCCUACUGUAGUUUGGCUAAUCUAACGGAAUGUGGUAAGGAGAAGGUCCAAUCACAUGAAAAUUUUUAUUAUAAGAAAUCGAGUUUCAACAAAUUCGACGCUCUUAGCAAAAAGUCUGUUCUUCACGUUCGAUCAGUGGACGCGGGAAAAGUUCAACAACAACUAAAUGCCGUAGGCCAAAACGGUGAUGCAAAUCCAAAUUGUCGUAGUUGUGGGAAAGUUGUAUUUCAAAUGGAACAAACCAAGGCUGAAGGAUUAGUUUGGCACAAGAAUUGUUUCCGAUGUGUUCAAUGUAGUAAACAACUUAGCGUUGACAAUUAUCAAAGCCACGAAAGUACACUUUACUGCAAAGCUCACUUUAAAGAACUCUUUUUACCUAAACCAGUCGAAGAGUCAGAUCAACCUGUGCGACCUCGAAAGCCGGAAAUGAUAAUUCGCGAGAACGAGCCGAAAGAAUUGCCACCCGAUGUGGUUAGAGCAUCUGACAAACCAGACCUCGGAUUGGAGGAGCUUUCCACAUUGAACGUUAAAUCGCGGUUUCAAGUGUUUGAAAAAGCGUCAACCGAAACCACAAAUGACAUCGAAAGGUCACCCUCUCAAGUGGCAGUAAAAAGAUCGCCCAGCAUUCUCAGUAAAUUGGCCAAAUUCCAAGCGAAAGGUAUGGAUAUUGGAGUUGCUGAUGAAUCACUCAAUGGAAUACCAUAUGAAGAAAGUAGCGCGAGUGAAGAGGAAAUCGAGGAAGAAGAGACAGAAGAAGUCGAUACAGAAAUCGUGAGGGCAAAACGAGGAGCUCGAGAGCGACCCAUUAGCUUUACAAAAAUGGAUGAUAUGAAAAAUCGAUGGGAAACAACGAGUCAACAAGGAAGACGCGAGUCCCAAAGAGAGGCAAGGAAAGAAGAGAUUGCGGGCAUUCGAUCAAGACUUUUUAUGGGCAAGCAAGGGAAAAUGAAAGAAUUAUAUCAACAAGCAGUAGCAGAUAGUGAACGUAUAACAAAAGUAAAUGCAGUUGAAGAAAUACAACAUGCAACAAAUGCACGUUCAAUCAAAGAAAAAUUCGAAAGAGGCGAGUCAAUUCCAGCAUCGGAUGAUGUUAACGAAAACAAAGAGAAACCAGACGAGGAAGUUAUAGCAGCAGGUAUUAGUCGUAAGUCACGAUCACUAUUCUUGGAAUUGGAUGCUUCAGCAGCAAAAACUGGAAGACCGGUUACACCUGUAAAUCCCAAAACUACGACAGAAACACCACGAAGAGCCAGAGAUAAGGCGUUCAUGGGCCGUCAAGUUUCGGACGAUGUUGUACGCAGUUCGGACACAACUGCUGAGGUGCAGGUCGAGACCUCCGACAUUUCAAACAAAUUUAAAUUCUUCGAGACCUACAAAGAGCCUGAGAAGAAGAGAAGACAAUUUCGCAUUACUCCCCCUCGCGACGGUCAAAUGAAGAUGAAUUCACCUGACAGAGAAGUAUAUCGUGAUCCAGAUGUCGUCAGAGCUGAUGACAGAGUUGAUGAAGUGGUCCAUACCGACACAGCGAGAAAAAUGCUAUCAAUAUUCCGACAAAUGGAGGAAAAUGCCACCAAGGAAGAAAUUCCAGAUGGACCUAAACCUCUUAAGCGAUUUACACCACCACCCGAGGACAAAUUCUCAAAACCCACUGCCUCAGAAUCCGAAGAUGAGGAGGAAGAGGAAGCUGAGGAAUCGGAAGAUGAUGAUCCUAAUUAUGUCAGAGCUUCCGAUAAGGUGGAAGAUGAAUUUCUGAAACAGGCACAGAAUGCAGCAAGAGCUAAAACUUUGCGCGCAAAAUUCGAACAUUGGGAAACGACCGAUGGCAAAUCGACAAAUCAUAAUGUUGCAGAAAUGGAAAUUGCUCAAGGCACAGGUGAUCAAAAUAGUAUUGAAUCAGCCAGCAGCUUGAGGGCCCGUUUUGAGUCCUUGGGAUCACAAACCACUGAGAGUCCACGCACGCAGAAGGUUAAGGUCAAUAGAUUUGUGGAAAUUCAGUCGAAUUGCACGGAAGUUUGUGAGAGUUGUCAAAAAAAGGUUUAUCCUUUGGAAAAAGUCGAAACAAAUAACAAAAUAUUCCAUAAACAUUGUUUUCGAUGUCUGCAGUGUAAUUGUAUUUUAAGAAUGGAUACGUUUACAUUGAAUAAUGGAAAACUUUAUUGCAUACCACAUUUCAAGCAAUUAUUUAUUACGCGAGGGAAUUAUGAUGAAGGAUUUGGAGUUGAUCCACAUAAAAAUAAAUGGGCUUCAAAUGCCACAAAUUCACAACCAACACCAACGCCAAUUACUGUCUCAAAUGGCGAUCUGUGAUGCAUUUCUUUUUAAAUAAGCUUGGAUUCCAAACUUUUUUUUUAUUAGUAUUUUAUUGGUAAUAAUAAUAAUAAUUCGAUGCUUCCAAUUCAAAUUCUGCUCAAAUAUUAGUCGACAGAAAUUCAUUUUUUGUUUUGUUUUUUUUUUAUUUUGUUAAACAGUAAGUAUUGAUAUUAAAUUCACUUAAAUUGUGUAAGAUAUUAAUAAUGGAAAUAACUUACGGGUGCUUUAAAUCAAAAGCCAAGAAAAAAAGAAAAUGUUUGUAAAAAAAAAAAAAAGUUGAAUUUUGCGAGAGCACGUCGACUCUUCUAACUCGCGAUAACAACGAAAGUUUAUUUUUAAAUAGUGUAUUUAAGAAAUCGACUCAUAAAUAAUUUUCUAUUUUUAAUAAUACGACGAAAAUGGUAUCUUUUUUUAAAAAAAAAUUGGCUCUUGCGAUAUUAUAAAUAUAUAUAUUAUAUAUAUAUUUAAAAACAAAAUGCGUGCAAUAAAAUGUAAAGUAAAACAAAAGAUUUUCAAAAUUACAAUUUUAUAAAAAAAAAUUUUAUCCAGGGAGAAGAAUCUAAUGCGAAUUAAUAGGUUUUAAAUAACAAAAAAUUUUAUUUUAUUACAAAAUCUUUUGUUUGGGUGAAAAUAAUAAUUGUACCUUUUUUUCCGGUGGAAUUAUUAAAAUUAGGCCAGAACACGCUCGCAUUAAAUUUGUAUAUUAAUGUAUAUUUAAGACUUUUUAAUCAAAGCCCAAAACUCAAUUAGUUGACAAUUUUCCGUCACAAUUUCUUCUUGCCAAUUGAAAAAAAAAAACGGCUGUUCUUAAUUUUGAUUCACGGAUUUUUAUUUUUUUUUUUUUUGAAAACAAUAAUGACGGAUCAAUAAUUAAAACACAUUAUUUUAUAAACAUUGCGUUAAAUUCUUCGAGUUUAAAAUUUACUCAGGAAAGUAUAUAAUGAAAUGAAAUUUUGAACUUUUUUUUUUUCGUCACAAAGAGAAAAGAGUGACUCUAUUUUGUGCUGUUCUUUUUUAAAUUACGAUAAGUAUUAAUCAAAUAUCGAUGUUAUUUACAUGCUAAAAACUUAUAUAUUUCUUACUACGA